AUGGCGAGACCAGGACGUCUUUCGGUCCGAGGCGACAUCCACGCCGAGCCGGCCAGUAGGCCGCCGAUGUUGGACGUGGUCUGUGAUCUGUGGCAUCCCGAGUCCAACCCUGGAGGGUACCUGAGUCUAGGAGUCGCCGAGAACACAUUGAUGCACAAGGAGAUGAUCGAGUACAUGAAGAAGACCUUCAACAUUGAGAGCCACUUCCUCACCUACGGAGAUGGCUUCACCGGCAGCCAUCUCCUCCGCGAAGUUGCGGCCAAUUUUAUCAAUGAGCGUUUCCGCCCAGUCAACCCGGUGCUCAAGAAGCAUGUUUCCAUCACAUCGGGUGUGGGCCCGGCCCUGGAGUUGAGCUCGUUCUCGCUUUGCGACCCUGGAGAUGGCAUUCUACUGGGGCGGCCAUACUACGGCACAUUUCCUAGUGAUAUGGGAGCCAGGGCAGGGGCGCAAAUCGUUGCAGUAUCAUUCGGGGAAAUUGAUCCCCUCAGCGAAGAAGCCAUCCCCUUUUAUGAGCAGGCGCUGCUGGAUGCAAAGGAAAGAGGUAUCGCCACCAAAGCAUUGAUCCUCUGCAAUCCCCAUAACCCACUUGGCCGCUGCUACCCUCGCAGCGUCAUUGAAGGUUACAUGCGACUUUGCCAGAAGUACAGCCUCCAUCUGCUCAGCGACGAGAUCUACGCGCUUUCGAUUUGGGACAACCCCGACGCGGCCGAUGCUCCCGGUUUCACAUCAGCCCUGUCGAUUGACACGACAAACCUCAUCGAUUCAGAUCUGGUACAUGUUCUCUGGGGAAUGAGCAAGGAUUUCGGCUCCAACGGCAUCAGAUUGGGAUGCAUCAUAAGCACAAACGAGCCAUUCCAGCAGGCAGUCGAAGCGAAUGCUUACUGGACCUGUCCAUCAGCGCUGACGGACCAAGCGACGGCCAGAAUCUUAGCUGAUACAGCCUUUGUCGACUCCUACGUCGCAACGAACCAGGCACGCCUUGCGGCUAGCUAUGCCGUCACCACCCGCUUUCUGAGGGAAAAUGAUGUUCCCUACGAGAAGGGCGGCAAUGCCGGCUUCUUCGUGUGGAUCGACCUGUUCGCGUGGAUGAAGAAGAACGUCGAGAUCAAAUUGCCGGAGGCGGAGCUGUGGGCUCUGGAGGCCCAGCUGCAGGAGACCUUGCUGAAGAACCGUGUUUUUCUGGCUUGCGGUAAAGCGUUUGGCAGCGACGUGGCUGGGCGCUUCCGCAUUGUCUUUGCACAUGAGAAGGAGUAUUUGGAGGAGGGACUCACGAGGAUGUUGAACACAGUUCAGUCUUUCAGCCAGGGCUUACAGAAUAAGUAG